UUGCAAAGUAGCAAAAGAGGUUGGCAAAGUAAAAGACGAUGUUGACGUAGUGAAGAAAGACGUACGAAAAAAGGUUGGCAAAGUAGCAAAAGAGGUUGACAAAGUAAAAGAAAAGAAGAUGUUGACGCAGUGAAGGAAAGUGUUACACACAAUAUGAAGGCUGUAAAACAAAGGAUUGCUCAACUAGAAAUAGAAAAGAAAUCUCAAGGAAUAUCAAAGCGAGAAAGGAAACCAAAUGCAUUAAGAAGAAUUUUAAACAAAUUACCAUUCAUGCGCAGACAAAAGAAAGAAGAAACAGAGACAAGCGGUAUAGAAUAUGUACAACACUCGGCUGAAGAGGAAGAUGACCAUAUUCAGACGAAAAAACAAGAAACAGAGACAAGCGGUUUAGAAUAUAUACAACACUCGGCUGAAGAGGAAGAUGACCAUAUUCAGACGAAAAAACAAGAAACAGAGGCAAGUUCUGCUGUACAUACACAGCAUUCGGCGGCGGAAGAUGAAUAUCUUAAAAAGAAAAACCAACUGAAGGAAGAUUUGAUAGCUCUCUACAGGAAAAGGUACCAUACCCUACCCCUGUCACCUUUAUUUGAAGAAAUCGACACGCCUCUACUGAAGUUUUACGUCAUGCCAGACAUAAAUUCAGUGAAAAUGGCGCCUGGAGGCAGGGAAGAAGUGAAGUCAAUGCUUACGUCCUUGCAUGGUGUGUUCCACGAGGAAAAUAAACCAUGUCAUGAAAUUUACCUUACUGCGGAUGCUGGGUUUGGGAAAACAGCGUUAAGUAAACGGCUCGUUUUGACGUGGUGUCAGGCGAAAAAAUGUAUUCAAACUGAAGAAAAAUACUUUGAAAAGGAUGCUAUUAGUGCAAUGUCAGAGUUUAAAUUUGUUUUCUUGUUGGCAUUACGUGAUUGUUCCGAAGAAUACGACAUUGAUGAAAUGAUCAUAAAACGAAUAAUUCCACAGCUGGCAAACACGUCUAUAACUAUGAGUGACCUGGAAACCAUUCUUUCUAGGGAAAAAUGCCUGGUAAUUCUCGAUGGUUUAGAUGAAUGGACAAAUCCAGUGUCUGCCUGCAAACAAGGAAAAAGUGACAUUCCACACAGGAAAGCUAGGGAAUGUACAAUCCUCACAACAACUAGACCGUGGAAGCUGGGCGUUAGUAAGAUAGGUUCAAGUGAAAUAGAGCGAAAAUUGGAAAUUAUCGGACUGAGUAAAACGUCUGCUAAAAGUUUAAAGAGGAGUGUGAUCUCAUUACUGCGUGGUAAAACUGACUUAGAAAAACACAUACAAAACUUUGAUCGCGCUAUCAGGGAUAGAGGCAUUUCGAAUUUGGAAACUAUUCCGCUCUUACUGAUGUAUCUUUUGUGUUUAUGGUGUGAUGGAAUAGAGCUAGGAACAUGUAGAACUGAGUUAUACUGUCAAAUUGUUGAACUACUCCUUAAACGAACGUUUGAAAAACAUCCGGACAUGCAACAGUCGGGCGAACAAUCACAGAGUGAUAUCCCCCAAUGCUUCAGUGAAAAUAAACAUUCUAAGAAACAUUACAUACUUCUGAAGGCUUUAGGACAAUUGGCAUUUGAAACGUUAUUCAGUGAAAACAAAGAAAGCACUCUUGUGUUCAGCCAGUCAGUGACAGAGAAACACCUAACGCCAGUGUAUUUGAAAUUAAGUCUUUACUCUGGACUAUUAACACAAAGUACAGAAAAGACAUUAACAAAACAAAUUUCUAAAUUUUCAUUCUCGCACAAAACAAUACAAGAAUUUUUCUGUGCAUUGUACAUUAGCUGUCAAAAUGAAAGUGAUGUCAAAGAAAUCUUUCUGAAGGAAUGCAAAAGUUUGCAAAGUAUUCUUGACAUGUCGACAGUGCUUGUUUUCGUCAGUGGAAUAAAUGCAGAAAUCAUUUCUUCAAUAUCUCGCAAUUUCAUGUCAGUAAUCAGUGAAGAUAAGAGAACGAGUGAAUACAGAACUACGACUGAUGAGUACUGUCAACCUCUGAAAGACAUACAAGACAUGUACAUUUCUUGUAUGAAAGAAAACACGAGCGGUAAGGAACUCAAAAUUUGCUGCCAAGAUUUUUUCUUUAGCAAAGAUUGUAACGAAGAAAAAUACUUUAACCAUUUAACGCAGCUCUCAGUGGACAAUAAAAGCAACAUGGCGUCAAUAAAUAUCGACACAGACCGUGGUCGUAGUUUACGUGAAAUUAUUGAUUGUUUGGAUCUAGUUGAUCCGUUCAACAUCAAUAAAAUACGGUACGUGGGUAAUGAUGAAAACGCGCUACUUCUUGUGCUGUUAAACAAGUCAACGAAAUGUCUCACUGUUUUAUCGUUUGGUUCUUGGAGCCGUGAAAUGUUGCAAACAUUACAGAAUAAUUCUCUGUUACAAGCAAUUCAUAUCGACAAUUUCAAGAUGAGCCACGAUGUGCUGUAUGACUUUCUGAAUUAUAUUAUAAACAGAAAAACAAUGACGGAGAUUAUAUUGGGGCACUUAUGGUGUGCCGAGCACGGCGAGUCGUGUAGUUUCAGUCUGGAUUUUUGCCAGCAUUCAGAUCUAAGGAAGUUAGAAUUGUGCUGGAUACCUGAAGUGUCACAAUUGAAAGUUAAUAGUCAAGUGGAACACGUGGAGAUGUGGGUUAUCAAUCUAGGUGAAAUGUCGCUGCCUCCUGGAAUGGGAAAUAUCAAACAUGUUAGGUUGGAGUAUGUAAACAUGUCUGCUUCAACAUUGCGUGAUCUCGUUAAGGUAGUGGAGAAACUUUCACACAAAGUCACAGUAACAAUACGGUACUGUAAGAUAGAACCGGAAACAGAGUUUGAACACGUUAAACAAUAUAUACGCUCAUCUCAGAAUCUCCGAGUUACGCUGGAUGAUAGCUUGUGGUUUGUGUUUGAAACAAAAGUUGAAAGUUAAGUUACUAAAUAAACUCAGACAGAUAGUGUCAAUGUAUAUAAACAUUAUUCAUUCAAAAUACUAUAACUCAUUACACAACACAUUGACAUAUGACAUAUGUGUAACAUGUAUAUACACGUGUACAUAAUAAAAUAUAGUGAAUAUAUAGAGGAUGAGAUUUGGAUGAAUUCUUGGAGGAAAAAUAUGGACGCGCUGUUCUUUAUGGAUUUAUAAACAAAAUGGGUCAUUUAUUAAAUGGCGACGUCCGUUGGAGCGGAGACUGACAAUCACGGUGGGGAAACCAAAAUGCAACGUCAUCAAAAACAGGCCACACAAACAUUCACGCCAAUUCAGGUUCAGUUUCCCUUUAUGCUUAAGAAAAAAGAUUGCCGGUAAUACUUCAAGAUCAAAGGUGCUUGGCUACACAUAUUGUACCAAAAAAACGUGGUAUGGCAGCUUGUUCCGGCAGAUGGCCAAAAAGAAUUCACCUCUGAUACUUGAGGAGUAAAGAUGUACUUCCGGUGCCUAGGCUGCAAACACCAUAACAUACUUUGCAUGACCGCUUAUUUCUAGCAGAUGAACAGGACUAUAAUCAUAUUUUACCUUAACAUUUGUGCGAAAAACUGCAGUGAAUAAUUAUUUUUCAUUACCAGAUACAAAUCAUAUAAUACUGUUUUACUUAAAUUUAUCGGUAACGAAUGUCUGACUUUCACUUGUGUAAACAUAUCGCUUUGAUCUCAUUGGUCUUCUAAGAAAAAUUAAUAAGUAAUGUAAGUUAGUAUUAUCUUGAAAGGUUUCUUUUGAAAAAGGGUUUGAUUUGGCUUCAUUUUGUUGUUAAUUUCUAGCAAUGUUAGAAGUAAUAUUUUAAGAUAUUUUUUUUUUUUUUAAAGCCAGGAAAUGGCUGUUUUAUGGCAUAUACUGUUGCAAAUGAAUUUGCUGUGUUUGCCAUACCGUUCGGCAAGAAAUUACAGAAUUUUGUAUGGAAUAGUUUAAAUACUAAGUGCAUUUGUUUUCACAAAGAAAUAUAUUGUGAGGCAUGUUUUUUUAUGUUGUUAUCAAAAUCACUAUUUGUUUACAUAGUACAUAGCCCUUAAAG